AUGGAGGAUGUGGAGCAGGCGUUUGCGACCCUGCAGUCGCUGCUGAGGGACAGGCUGCAGGAGCUGGCUGCCAGGGAGGAGGAGGUGGCCGCCGCCAAGCAGGCGCUGCAGGAGCGCGAGGCGGCCGUGGAGCAGCGGGAGCGUGAGGUGGCUCGCAUCAGGUCGGCGGCCGACAAGGAAACCGCGCGGCUGCACCGCCAGUCCACGCUGCUGGCGGGGCGGGAGCGCGAGGUGGCCGAGGUGGCGGAGCAGCUGAGCGCCAAGGAGGCGGCACUGGCGGAGGCGGAGGCCGACGCCGACGCCAGGACCGCGGCGGCGCAGGCCCUGGAGCAGCGCAUCCACGCCCAGAUGAUGGAGGCAGAUGGGCACAACCAGGCGCUGGCGGGGCGGGUGGAGGCGGCGCAGUCGGAGCGCGAGCGCUUUGAGCAGACGCUGCUGUCGGCGCAGCGCCAGGCCGCGGGCGCGCACCCGGGCGCGCACCCGCAGCACCCGCAGCAGCAGGGGCCGCCGCCCAUGAUGGUGCUGCAGCGGCAUCCCUACGUGCUGCCGCAGGCGGGGCCGUACCCGUACGUUCUGGCGCCGGUGGGCCCCGGCCAGCCUGGCCAGUUCCUGCCGCCGCCCAUGGCAGGUCAGGAGGUGGUGCACCUGCAGCCCCACCCCCAGCAGCAGCACCCGCAGCAGCAGGGCCUGGAGCAGCAGCCGCCCAGCCCGGGGCCGAUGAUGAACGGCGGGCCGCCGCCGCAGGGCGGCAUGCAGUGGCAGUAUGCCACGCAGCCCGGCCUGCAGCCGGUGGCGCACUUUGGGCCCGUCACCCAGCCGCAGCAGCAGCAGGCGGGCCCGGGCGCCGCCCCCGGCCCCGGCCAGCAGGCGCCGGUGCCGGCACCGGGCGCCUUCCUGCCGCAGCAGAUCGGCCUACAGGCCCCUCCCCAGCAGCCCGCCUACCAGCACCAGCACCAGCACCAGCACCAGCAGGCCUUCCCCCAGCAGGGCCUGGCGCCCCCGCAGCAGCAGCAGCAGCAGCAGCAGCAGCAGCAGCAUCUGCCCUCGCCAUCUCCCCACGCCUCGCCGCAGGCGCCUCAGGCGCCGUGGCAGCAGCUGGGCGUGGCGGCGGGUGGGUGGCAGCCGCCGCCGCCGCCGCCCCCGCCGCCGCAUCCCGCUGCCCAGCAGCAGCAGGCGCCUGAACAGCAAUAUGAGGAUGGGACUGCAGAGCAGGAGGCGAAUGGGGAGUGGCAGGAGGAGGGGCAGGGGCAGGAGGGCGAGGGCGAGGGCGAGCAUGAGCAGUACCAGCCACCUCAGCACCAGCAGCACUACCAGCAGCACGGCCAGCAGCAGUGGGUGGGCAAGAAGCCGUACAAGAAGCACUUCAAGCAGUACCGCCAGGACUACCAGGGUCAGCAGCAGCACAACCAGGGCGGCCCUCAGGGCCAGCGCCAGCAGUACCAGCAGCGGUACGAGCCCCUCAAGCAGGGCGGCCCCGCGCCGGGCCGCGGCCGCGGCUACUACCACCACCCGCAGGGCGGCAAGCCCGGGCGGGGGCAGUACCAGCAGGGCCCGCGCCGGUACCAGCAGCGCCGCGCCCUGGACGACGACUACUCUGCUUACCCCGACGACUCCGCAGCCGCCACCGCUGAGGCCAGCAGCAACAGUGAGGACGGCGCCCCCGCGGACCUGGCAGUCGCGGUGCAGAUGCUUGCCGACCAGGCGGGCGGCGGCGCCGCCGCCACGGGCGCCCCCGCCUGA